AUGAGUCUCUGUCGUGUCACGACAGUUGGUCCGUCUUGGGCGCGGUGGGUGGCACGUAAGCAGGCCACUGUGCCUCUGACACGCCCGGCAUCGACGUGGAGUGAUGUCGUGGCCACGGCGAAGGAAGCGCUGACCAGCGGCGCCCCGGCCAGUGCGGCUGCCUCCUCGGUCCAGUCGCUCACGAGCGAUCCUCUGGACGUAGUGGGCAAAGACUUGUCCUCGUUACGGCAUAACAUCGCGUCGCUCCUCGGCAGUGGGCAUCCCUCGCUCGAUCGUAUUGCCAAGUACUACUUUGCCGCGGAAGGCAAGCAUGUGCGCCCCAUGAUUGUGCUGCUGAUGGCCAAGGCGACCAACGGCCUGAGCGCAGCUUGGGGCGCGCAGCGGGCUGCAGCCGUGGGCGAGGAUGUGGAUGUGGCGAUAAGCCCCUCGCGUGUCCUCAACGACUACAACCCGAGUGCGCCAAGGCCACGGCCAGCGCAGACACAGACAUGGGCCGACGGCCUGUACACGCCGCAACUGCAGCACACCAUCCUGCCGACGCAGCAACGUCUUGCAGAGAUCACAGAGAUGAUUCAUGUGGCCUCGCUCUUGCACGACGACGUGAUCGAUGCGUCGCCGCUACGACGUGGUGCGCCUUCGGCGCCCUCGACGUUCGGCAACAAACUCAGCAUUCUUGGCGGUGACUUUUUGCUGGGCCGUGCGUCCAUUGCAUUGGCCCGUCUGCGCGAUCCAGAAGUCAUCGAGCUCAUGUCGACUGUGAUCGCGAACCUCGUCGAAGGCGAGGUCAUGCAGCUCAAAGCGCAAGUCUCGGACCAAGUGCCGGUCACCGAUGUGGAUUCCUCCAUGCCCGCGCGCGAGGUCUUGGAUCGGUUCUGGACCGCGUAUGCACCGGAUACGCCGACGGGCCCAUCUACACAGCUCUUCCAAUUCUACCUGCAAAAGACAUACUUGAAGACCGCGUCGCUCAUUGCCAAGUCCGCUCGCUCCGCAACCGUGCUGGGCGGCUGCGGUCACAUGGGCGCCACGGCCAGUGAGCUCUCGGAGGAGCAUCGUGCCGACGCAGCGGCGAUCUGUGAUGCUGCAUACACGUACGGCCGCCAUGUCGGCAUUGCGUUCCAGCUCGUGGAUGACCUCCUGGACUUCCAUGCAACGACCGAGGCGUUUGGCAAGCCGUCUGGCGGCGCAGAUCUCCAGCUAGGUUUGGCCACGGCGCCAGUCCUGUAUGCAUGGCAAGAGUUCCCGACCUCGGAACUCGGAACGCUCGUACAGCGCCGCUUCAGUGAGCCGGGCGACGUCGAAAAGGCCCUGGGCUAUGUGCACCGCUCCCAAGGACUGCCACGUACUGCUGCCUUGGCCCGAUACCAUGCGGACGUCGCCCAAAAGGCGCUGCGCAUUUUGCCGGAGAGCGAUGCACGUGGCGCGCUAGAAAAACUCAAUCAGCAGAUCAUUACACGCGCCAAGUAG